CUGACGAACGUGUUACUGUUUUUUUUUAUUCCCCAACUUUAUUUAGGCCUUCACAAUUAAGCAAUUUGAGAAGCUGGUGACGUAGGUUCGCUUGAGUCUGGAAUCGAGGCUGCUGGAGCAUUGGCUUAAAAAAAGGGGUAGCAAGAUGGAUCCUAUGUCUCCUGAGAUCCACGGCUGGUCUAUUCUCCAGAAGCUUAAUGAACAAAAGUCUAUGGGGCUUUUUUGUGAUGUGUCUUUGAUGGUGGAAGGUAAAAUUUUCUUGGCUCACAAAAAUGUCCUUUCUGCUUGCAGUGAAUAUUUCUAUGCAGCACUAAGCAGAAACGAGCAGCAACAGUUCUUGGUGCUUGAUAAUGUUCGCCUGGAGGGAUUUAGUCACCUUUUGGAUUUUAUAUACUCUUACAAAAUCCCUACAUGCCAUGUACAAGACUUUAUGCAGGCUGCCCAAGUAUUGCAAGUCAGCCUCCCUCUCACUGUACAAGUUGUUAAUGUUUCUAGCAGCCCUCAGACUAGUACUGCAAAGGAGGACAUUUCCAUAUCAGAGGAAAAUUUUGAUGUACGAAAUAGAGGCUCAGAAAGUAGAGAAUUUGAGAGCCAGCAGCUGAGGCGAGGUAGGGAUGAGAGCACUCCAAGUGUCAACGCUGUGAUGUACAGUGAGGAAAUAAGAAGAUUUGAUACUGUUGCCCAGAUGAAAGAGAAAGCCAAGAUAUUUACGAGACCUGCCUUUUAUAAAGACAAUUAUGUUACCAGGAAUCCUAACUUCUUUGUGCAUAAAUCAGUUGCUAUAAGUGGACGUAUGGCAAAUUCUAUGGAUGAACCACGAGAAACCUCGUUCCCUAACACAAGCUUUGCAAGACAGUUGCCUAUUACUAUACACAAUGAUGGAUCAUCAGAAGAAGCAGAUGAUGAAAAUGGUGAUAUGUGCAUCAAUUUAUGUGAUGAGCCAGAUACCCCAGAUAGCUUGGAGCCUCCUCUUACUCUUAAUGACUUGUCGAGACAUGGGGAAUCCAUGUCCCCUAAAGUUUAUUCAACCAUAGUUGGAAUUGAGGGGAGUGAAGUCAUUGAGAGAAUAGAUGGGGAUGCAGACGUGGUCCAUAAAUGCGACAGGUGUGAACUUUUAUUAACUUAUUCAGAGUUUCUUAAUCACCAGGACGAUCCAGGGAUUAAUAUACUUCAGUGUGAAUUCUGUGACAAACAGUUUAACUACAGCUGCCAGCUUUCUCUGCACAUGUCAAGCCACCACAACAAGAAAUUCUACCAAUGUGACCAAUGUGGCAAAGAGCUAAGCACUCUGAAGAAGUUACAUGACCACAUUGCUUACCACUCAGAUGCAAGACCCCACAAAUGCCGUCUAUGUGACAAAGCCUACAAAGUGAAAAAUGAUCUUACACAGCAUAUCCGAGUGAAACACUUGGAAGCAUCUAAUGGCAAGGCGCCGUUGCUCCAGCUUUGUGAGUUUUGUGGGCAAGCUGUCAAGCAUUAUAAGAGUCACAAAAUCUUUUGCAGCGGCAUUAAGAAAUUUAAGUGUGAUUUCUGUGUGCAGUCAUUUCACCGUAUUUCGGAACUAAAGAGGCACACAUGGACACAUACCGGAGAACUCCCAUAUCGUUGCAAAAUUUGUGGGAAAGGAUGUCGGCACCCGAGUAAUAUGAAGAAACACAUCCGAACAGUACACAAAGCAGAUAUGCGGGUACAGAUCAACAGAGAGCAUGCAUCCCCCAGGUUCUGCAAGAACAGACGGCCCCCAACAAAAUUACCAGGGCAGAUUCUGCAGCAGACAUUGCCUACUGAUCUUUCAGUCAUGCAGACAGCAGCCACAAUAGUUCCUAACCAAGUCAAUCAGAUGGAUUCCUCUUUGCCCCCUGUCUCUGUAGGAUACAUUUCCAUCUCUACCAUGCCUGAGAACACUGGGAAUGAUUUCAGCUUGUUUUCCACUCAGAAUUUUUCUGCUGAGCCUACUAGGCCUUUGUAACAGGAACAAAUUAAAAUACUUU